AAAACCGGAAAACCUCCAGCCCCAUGAAGCCUUUUUGUUCAAGAUUUGGAGUCAGAUUUGACAACUCUUUGAAUGCUGAUUGCAAGGUUUAAAGGUCCUGGGAAAAUGGAUUGAGUUCCUUCCACAGAAACCUUUGCUGUCAUGGUCUGUUGCUAUGAAAUUGGCCAGCUUCUCUUUCACCAGAAAAACACUGUUUCUGCAUGGUAGUGAUACCUGAUCAACAAAGUCUAAGGUAAACCAGUGAAGACAAUGAACGGCACAGUUAUUCCAGGGACCCCGAUUGCAGUGGACUUUUGGAAGAUCAGAGAAUGCCCAACUGCAAAAUUGUUUUUUCUUACCCAUCUCCAUGGUGACCAUACUGUUGGCCUUUCAUCCUCAUGGAGACAUGUAAUUCAUUGUUCACCAAUGACAGGAGAGCUCCUGACUCAUUUAUAUGGAAUCAAUGAAUCUCUGAUACAACCUUUAGAAGUCGGUACUUCACAUAUCCUUGACCUUGACAGCGUCAAUUGUGAGAAAAUGUCGGUAACAGUAAUUGAUGCCAAUCAUUGUCCUGGCUCUGUCAUGUUCUUGUUUGAAGGCUAUUUCGGCCGUAUAUUACAUACAGGGGAUUUUCGUUUUUGUGAUGAACUGAUCGACGAAUCAAACAAAAUGCUGUUUAAUGACAUUGACCUGUUGUAUCUUGACAAUACAUACUGUUCUCCGCAAUGUGCUUUUCCAUCUCGAGAUUCUGCUCUGGAUGAAAUCGUGUCCGUGAUAAACUCUCAUCCUCAUCAUUCUGUGGUUAUUGGAAUGCGUAAUCUUGGGAAAGAAGACAUGUUGGCUAAAACAGCUUUGAGAUGUAAGGAAUGGAUCUCAAUUCCAGCUACGAUGAUGCAACGGGUCAAUCUUCUGAAUCUGCCUAACGUGUUUGUUACAGACGAUGAGAGCUGCAGAAUACGAGUGGUGAGAUUUCACACGAUUUCUAAAAGGAAUAUGGCAUUGUGGAACAAGGUCACUCCGACCAUAGCCAUCCUUCCAACAGCUCUUUAUCAGGGGAUGGACUUUAACAGUUUUGGAAACAUGUCAAAUGUGUUUAUUGUGCAAUAUUCAGAUCAUAGCUCAUAUCAGGAACUAUAUAAUUUUGUGUCUGAGGUGAAACCACGUAAAAUAAUUCCUGUUGUUGGGGCAAAAGCAAGGGGACCAUUUGGCGUUGACAUUUCUGACAGGGCUAACAUGAAAUGUUUUUCACAUCUUUUGAAUAAAAGUGAUAAUCUUGAUAAAAUGUCUGACAUUCCAGAAUCUGUGCAAAAAUUGAUGCAUAAUGGGUCUAGUAGCCAUGGUAAUGGAGGAGGUGGUAGACUUACAAAACCUUGGAAAUUUAGGCACAAGAAAUCUUCAACAUCCUUAGAAAGAGGUGUGGUGUUCUCCGGAAAUGAUAAUAAUGAAGAAUGUGAAAGAAUAGAAGAUCAUCAAUUGUCUACGAAAAUUUCUCAUACAGUGACAAAUAUUCGUAGUAAUAGUAGUAAUUCAAACAAACGAAAAAAGAAAAAAAAUUCAGAAACAUUGGACAGUAACAUUAAUAGCCAAUCACCGCUAUCACAUAAGAUGGAACAAAAAAGCUACAGACCACAAGUGAAGGAAACGCUACUCGACAAAUGGCUGUCUGUGAAUGAUGUGUGGAAGAAAGAAGGGAAUCCGCAUCAUCAACUGAAUAGACCAUACUUUUCCAAGACAAGUUCUAGAAACUGCUUUAUAUCAAAGACACAAUCAGCAGAGAAGCCUAGGAAUGAGUGUAGCAUAACAUCUUCAAAUUCACAGGAAGUAGCAAAUGACACUUCAAGCAAAACUUUUAUCCUGGAAGUGAAACAGGAUGCUGAUAUUGAGGAUGUGAUCAUUCUUGAUGACACUAGCAGUGAUAGUACACAUUAAUCACAGUCACAGCAGAGGGGAGAUAACUCCACAAUGGAUUAUAGCUAUGUUGACGAUUCUGAAGACUUUGUGACAAAAGAACAAGACAGUCAAGAGAUACAAGAUAAUAAGACCUUAAAAACAAAUCACCAAGAAUCAGGUUCUUCUUGUGAAGGUGAUCAUGACCUUUCCGUUAGAGCUUAUUUUAAUUUAUCUGACAAAAUUGAUUCUCAUUGUCUGCAUUCUCCUAAAGCUGGUCUCUCAUGUAUAUCCACUGAAAGCCAUGUCACACAGGUGAAAGGAUAUAUUCAAGACGCAAAAUGUGAUCAAGUUUAUUCUUGUAAACCUAAACAACAUGUUGUAAAACCCUCUAAACAGGGAUCUGAAUUUGAACAUAAACCUGAAUUCAAGCUCUCUGUGAAGCCGUUGGCGUUUGGGAGAAAAACAUUUUUUCGAAGACAAUCCUCUACCUCAAGAGAGAACAACAGAAGUGUGUUGAGUGUGAUGCCUUUGGAUCAAGGAAAGUGAAUAUUAGAUGCACCUUCUGAUAUAAACUGUUAGUUAGGGUUGGUUAAGGUAGGUAUAGGUUAGGAUAACGUCAAACAUGUAGUCUCCUAUUGAAUACAAUCUUAGUUCAGUUAAUAUAAAAUAACUGCAUUUGGAACUGUAAAGUACAUGGUCCCUAACAUAGGUGGUCUCUGCAUGUUUAGUUACUUUAGCAUGUGCACUGCUGUCAGUUUGAAAGAUGCAGAGCCUUUUUCAUCAUUGUUUAAAGAAGGUAAUAUUUGUUUUAAAAAAGGUAGCUAAAUGCUUAAGUAUAAACUUGAAUACCCCGAUAAGGAUACAAAUGAUUGUUUUAUAGUAGCAAAUUUUAUCCUUUUUUCUAACACUCUUCUCUAUAUCUGAGCCAUAACCAGUAAAACUUCCAUCUGUCGGCACUUCAGAAUCUGCUAUAGCAAACAUACAUUGUAUAAUUUAUAAUAUAGGUGAAAGAUGAAAGUGACUUUUUUAGGGCUCAGUAUGCGCACUUAAAAUAGCUACAGUGGUCUAAUGAGGUAUCAAAGCAGGAACACCAAGGUAUUAAUAAUAUAAUGUGCCAAAAAAAUUGAUGUUUUUGUGUUUUUUCUUCAUUCUCAUUGAUUAGAUUUUAAAAGGUAGGGUCAACGCCUAUGGAGAUUUAACAUUAGCGUCGGCCCCCCACUUGGAAUUUCAAAACAAGAUAAAUC